AUGAGUGACUUUGACAAGGGCCCAAUUGUGAUGACUAGACGACUGGGUCAGAGUCUGGGUUAUUUUAUAUCAGACGGGGUUCUUUAUAUCACGGAUGGCCGGCCCUGUACCUGGGAAAGAGAUGGCAGCAGGAUGCACUAUGGGAAGAAGGCAACUCAUAACUCCAAACUAAAGUACAGCGACUCAUUUUCCAAGGAGGCCAGCACCAUGAAGACUAUGACAUUCAUUUUACUCCUCUCUCUGGGUCUUGUUUGCGCUUCAGAGCUCAUUAUCCCUUCAGAGAACAGGACUGAUGAUUCUCCCCAUGUUCAGGUUUACUCACGAAACCCCAAAUGUCCUGCGGGUUGGCAACAAUACGGUGAACGCUGCUUCAGGUUUAUCGACACUGCAAGGACAUGGGCAGAGGCAGAGCGCUUCUGUUUACUGCAGGGAGGUAAUCUGGCGUCUGUGCACAGUCUUUCAGAAUAUUAUUUUAUUGAAGGACUAAUAGUGACAAUCACUCAUGGUACACCGUUGACUUGGAUUGGUGGUUCAGACGCCCAGCAGGAAGGACUCUGGCUUUGGAGUGAUGGAUCCCGAUUUGGAGCAUUCCUCCACUGGGGCCCAGGCCUACCAGAUAACUUGAAUAGUGCUGAACACUGUCUACAGAUGAACAAUGGAGGAGGUCUGCGUUGGAACGAUAUGCGCUGUUCAACAACAUAUCCAUCCGUCUGUGCAAGAAGAGUUAUUUCAGUUUAAUAUUAUUUUCACUGGUUGCCAUGAAAGCUGUGGUAUCCGGCCAGCAGUAAUUUAUUGACAAUCUUUGAAUUGACAUUUAAAAAAAAAAAUUCAAUCAGAUUUUAUUUCUUUAUCAGUAUCCCUUGUUAUUUAAUGUUUUUGUUACAGUCUUUGAUUUUUCCCCCCAUUUUUUUAUUUAUUUUAUUUCCUUUGGUUGCAUAAUUUCUUGUACUACCCUUUAUUUUCCUUUUAAGUCUGUGUGCUAUGGUAUUCUAUCUGUUUUAGUAAUCUGUAUAAUUUCCCAUCAUGUUAAAAAUGUGCUAUGAAAAUAAAAUGAUGAACAUGUUUAUCAUUUAACGUGUCUAGAUCUGUGCAUUCUGUAGCUUGCAGUGGUGUCAGGGCAUUGAAAGAGUAUCAGAGGUGGGCUACUGCAUGGCCAUGUCUCAGGUGUCCUCCAGCUGAAGUAGUGAGGCAGUGAGGUCAUGAGACAGAAAACUGGCACAAACCUGAAAUACCCUGUUGAGGGCCGUUCCUUCAGUUAUAGUGCACACUUGUACUAAAGGACUCACAGGACAAAAUAAUGUAAAUGGACUUCCACAACAUUUAAUACAGUCCCACGAAGGAAAAUAUAUUCACAUUAUUUAUUGGCA